UGUACGGGAACGAUUUUAAAAUUAAUGCAAACGCAUCCAGGCCCGUGCGUGGGACGGCUGGAAAGGGUGCACGGUAGGUAGAAAACACACAAGAACAACAAAGGCAACGCAAGCCGAAAGAAAACAUAGGAGUGGCUUGGGCUCUGCCGUUUGGGUUUGUUCUACUCGCCACCCGCACAGCCGGGGGUGUAACGACCAUCAACCGAUUCGUGCUCCUGUCCGCCGUCAACCAUCGCGGCAAUGGAACCGCCGAACGGAACGGUGUCGCCAGCGGAGCCGGCAGCCGACAGUGACCCGGUGGCACCGAUCCGAACCGCGCCCGAACCGGACGGACGCGCCGAACGGUGGGUAACGCUGAACGUCGGGGGCGAGAUCUUCACCACCACCCGGCUGACGCUGACGAACCGCGAACCGAACAGCAUGAUCGCCCGGAUGUUCGCCCAGGAGCAGCUGAAGCCGGCCGAGCAGGACGCGCAGGGCGCGUACCUGAUCGACCGGAACGGGCACUACUUCCGGCCGAUCCUGGACUACCUGCGGCACGGGCGCGUCAUCUACGACCGGCACGUCAGCCUGCAGGGCAUACUGGAGGAGGCCCGCUACUACGGGCUGGACGGGCUGGCCCGGCAGAUCCAGGAGAUCGAGCGGGCGGACGUGUCGCUGACGCGGCUCGACUUUAUCCGCACGCUGGUCACCUCGUCCCACACGACCGAGCUGCGGUUCCAGGGGGUGCACCUGUCCGGCAUCAACCUGUCGAAGCUGGACCUGCGCAACAUCAACUUCAAGUACGCCUGCCUGUCGCACUGCAACCUGUCGUACGCCAACCUGAGCUGGUGCUGUCUCGAGCGGGCGGAGCUGCGGUGCGCCAACCUCGAGGGCGCCAAGCUGCACUCGGUGAUGGCGGCCUGUGCCGAUCUGCAGGGCGCGAAGCUGAAGUGCUGCGACCUGACCCGGUGCAGCCUGGAGAACGCCAACAUGAAGGGGGCCACGCUCGAGGGCAGCGUGAUGGAGGGCGUCAGCCUGCGGGUGGCCAACCUCAAGUCGGCCAACAUGCGCAACUGCACGCUGAACGAUGCGGAUAUGGCCGGUGCCAAUCUGGAGUCCUGUGAUCUGACCGGUUGCAAUCUAAAGGGUGCGAACCUGCGCGGUGCCAACCUGAAGGGCGCCCAGCUGGAAAAGCUGGUCACACCCGUCCACAUGUCCCAGAUCGACAUUUAGUCUGCGCUUCGUUGGCUUCCGGGCGGAGCCAAACCCAACAGAAGAUAAGCCAAAUAGCAGUGUGCGCGUCGCAGUUGCAAUUGGCGCGUUUGCUGAGGAGCUUUUGCUAGAAAGUAUUACGUAUACCUAUAGCCAGUGCUACAAAAUGUCAUCAGCAUCACGAGAUUGCUGAUUGCUGAUACUCAAUGAAACUGCGUCAUGACAUGCCGAACACGAGAUAUGCGAGUGCUUGAGUCAACCGCGAUACUCUGACUGACAAGCUAAGCUUAGUGUCGUCACAAUCAUGACUUUUUCUGACUAUGAACAGUGUUGCCAAGUGUCACCGGUUUCUGUCACCAACACUCAUGACUGAAACGAAGCUCAAAUCAGCUCACGUACACAAUUGUGAUGAUCAAAGAUGAGACUCCAUCAGUUGGUGGAUCAUUCAAAUGCUUGGUGACAUUGUUUUUAGCACCCAGCUCUUGGUUACUCACUUGGUCAUGACAUUUUCUGUCGGCGACAUUCUUGGAAUAUACUUGGCGUGUGGUCCCAAGCAGCAAAAUGAGCAUGCUUUCUCGAUUUGUCUGCUUUGAUUGCUUUGUCGGGUCAAACAGAGCAAGAAAACAUGUUCAUUUUGUUUCUUGGGACCACUCGCAUGCACCUCGGGACCCUCGCAUGGGACAUCUCCCAUGACCAUCGCGAUGAUCACUGACUGAAAAUGUCGCGACCAAGUGACUGACCAAGAGAAACCACCAACUGUUUGAGUCUC